AAACGGACCAAUGAAAUCGAGACAAAGCAAAUCUCUAAAUUUCCUGUCCCGCCUCUCUCCCUCUUCCGGAUUUUCCAGCGUGACCGACGUUUCGUGUCUGUUUAGACUUAAAAAAUGCGUUACGUGGCCGCUUACCUCCUGGCCGCGCUCGGUGGAAACACCAGCCCCACAGCAAAGGACAUCAAGGCCAUCUUGGACAGCGUGGGCAUUGAGGCCGAUGACGAACGCUUAAACAAGGUCAUCAGUGAGCUGAAUGGGAAAGACAUCAAUGAAGUCAUGAACUCAGGCCUUUCUAAGUUAGCCUCCGUACCAGCAGGUGGUGCUGUUGCGGCUCCUGCCGCUGCAGGGCCUGCUGGGGCUGGGCCUGCUCCUGCUGCUGCGGAAGAGAAAAAGGAAGAGAAGAAAGAGGAAUCAGAAGAGUCAGACGAAGAUAUGGGCUUUGGGCUCUUUGAUUAAUCUGCAUUCUCUGUGUUUAAAAAGCAAUAAAAAUGUAAAAGGUUUACACUCA